CUGCUGCAGGCCUUGGUGGGCGCCUCGGAGAAGGCGGCGCACAUCGCCCGGCUGUGCCGGCGGGAGGAACCCCUCUUCCAGCUCCUGGUGGCCGAGAAGACGGGGGCCGACAGGAACAAGAGGUUCCUCCAGGACUUCAAGACGCUGGCGGACGUCCUCAUCCAGGAGGUCAUCAAGCACGACCUGGGGAAGGAGUUCCCCGAGCUGCAGGGUCACAUCCAUGGUGAGGAGUCCAACGAGUUCAAGAACAGGCAGGGGGAGACGGUGACGGUGCGGGUGUGCGCCGCGGCGGGGGACACGGCCGCCCUCCUGCUCUCCGUGCUGGACCCCGAGCGGGAGGCCGCCGAGCUGCUGGCGGCCGCCGUGCACCGGGACGUGGAGCUGGGGGACACCGAGCUGGCCAACGUGGCCCUCAGCGUCCCCCCACAGGACCUGGCCAUCUGGAUUGACCCCAUCGGUGAUGGGACUUUGGGGUGCAGGGUUGGGGGGGUCCAGGACCCCGGGAUGAUGGGUUCGGGGUGGCUGGGACAUUGGGGUGGCCGGGACCCCCGGGUGCAGGGAACGGGGGAACUGGGACUUUGGGGUGCAGGGGAAGGGGUGCCUGGGACCCCAAGGUGCGGGUUAGAGGGGGACCGGGACCCUGGGGGUUUGGGGUGGCUGGGACAUUGGGGUGUCUGGGACCUCAGGGUGCGGGUUAUAGGGGGGCAGGACCCCGGGGUGAAGGGUCCCCUUCCCCCCCGCAGGUGGCAGGGGAGGUACCACUGGGGGGUGGCAUAUGGGGACACCCGCCUGUCCUCACUGAGCCCCCCGCCCCUGCGCCCCCAAACCCGCGUGGUGCUGAGCCGGGCGGAGGGGGGGGCGGUGCCGGGGGCCCUGGGACCCCUCUGCGGGGACCGACUGCGUUUCGCCGCCGGCGCCGGCUACAAGAUGCUCUGCGUGAUCCUGGGCCUGGCGGAGGCCUACGUCCUCUCCGAGGGCAGCACCUUCGCCUGGGACGCCUGCGGCCCCCACGCCAUCCUGCGGGCCCUGGGGGGGGGCACGGUGGCCCUGGCGGGGGCUCUGCGGGCACGGGGGGGGGGGGACACCGGUAACCCCCCCGAGCUGGUCUACAACCGGCCGGUGGAAGGGGCGGCGGGGGCCGAGCGCUGGGCCAACCGGGGCGGCCUGGUGGCCUACGUGCACCCCCAGCACCUGGAGGCCGUGCUGGCCGCGCUGGCCACCGUGCCGGGGCUCUGAGCCCACCGGGACCCCCGGGGGUGAAGGGUAAGGGGUGCCUGGGACCCCCAGGGGACGGGGUAGAGGGGGGUCGGGACCCCAGGGUGCAGGACACGGGGUGGCAGGGACCAAGGGGCACGGGGUGGCCGGGACCCCUGGGGUGAAGGGUUUGGGGUGGCUGGGACAUUGGGGUGUCUGGGACCUCAGGGUGCGGGUUAUAGGGGGGCAGGACCCCGGGGUGAAGGGUAAGGGGUGCCUGGGACCCCAGGGUAUGGGUUAGAGGGGGGUCGGGACCCCAGGGUGCAGGAGACAUGGUGGCAGGGACCAAGGGGCACGGGGUGGCCGGGACACCCGGGUGCAGGGAAUGGGGGAGCUGGGACUUUGGGGUGCAGGGUUGGGGGGGUCCAGGACCCCAGGGUGUGGGUUAGAGGGGGACCGGGACCCUGGGGUGCAGGACAUGGGGUGGCAGGGACAUUGGGGUGUCUGGGUCCUCAGGGUGAAGGUUAUAGGAGGGCAGGACCCCCGGGUGCAGGGAAUGGGGGAGCUGGGACUUUGGGGUGCAGGGUUGGGGGGGUCCAGGACCCCAGGGUGUGGGUUAGAGGGGGACCGGGACCCUGGGGUGCAGGACAUGGGGUGGCAGGGACAUUGGGGUGUCUGGGUCCUCAGGGUGAAGGUUAUAGGAGGGCAGGACCCCCGGGUGCAGGGAAUGGGGGAGCUGGGACUUUGGGGUGCAGGGUUGGGGGUGCCUGGGACCCCGGGGUGCAGAGCAUGGGCCGGAUGGGACUUUGGGGUGCAGGGUUGGGGGGGUCCAGGACCCCGGGGUGACGGGUUUGGGGUGGCUGGGACAUUGGGGUGUCCGGGACCUCAGGGUGCGGGUUAUAGGGGGGUGGGACCCCGGGGUGCAGGACAUGGGGUGACAGGGACCCAGGGGUGCGGGGUGGCCGGGACCCCCGGGGUGCAGGGAAUGGGGGAACUGGGACUUUGGGGUGCAGGGUUGUGGGGGUCCAGGACCCCGGGGUGCAGGACACGGGGUGACAGGGACCCAAGGGUGCGGGUUCCCCGGGAUCGGGGUGGCCGGGACCCCCAGACGCAGGGGCACAGACCCCGGGGUGCGGGACGGGGCGGGAGCUCUGGGGUCGUGUGUGUGUGUCCCCCACCCCCCCAACUCCCGGCGCGA